CCCUCAGUGUGCUUCAUUCCCCAUCAUGGAGAGUCAGAGAGUCCAGUCCUCGUACAGGAAGCGUUUUGGGCCUCAGGGCUCGGGCAGCACAGCAGUCAGACUUGGGAGCCUUUCUUCCAGCCGCCUCUCCUGGCAUGGCACCCCUCGCACCUUCACCCACUCCAGCCCGAUAUCCCGGAUCUCCCUGGGCUCGAGCAGCACGGCCCUGCUCCUGGGGAGCCCCAUGGACCGGCUGGACUUCUCAGCCGACUCCCUGAUGAAGGCCCAGUUCAAGGAGACGCGCACCAACGAGAAGGUGGAGAUGAUGGGCCUGAACGACCGUUUCGCCAGCUACAUAGAGAAGGUGCGCCUGUUGGAGCAGCAGAACAAGGUGCUGGUGGCGGAGCUGAGCCAGCUGAAGGGGAAGGAGCCCAGCCGCCUGGGAGACAUCUACCAGGAGGAGCUGAGAGAGCUGCGCAGGCAGGUGGACGGCCUCACCGCUGGCAAAGCACGGAUGGAGAUCGAGAAGGACAACCUGGCUGCAGAUGUCAACAUGCUCAAGCAGAGGUUGCAAGAUGAGACUGGCCUCCGACAGGAUGCAGAGAACAAUUUGAAUGCCUACAGACAGGAUGUGGAUGAGGCGGCUCUCAAUCGUGUCCACUUAGAGAGGAAGAUCGAUGCCCUGCUGGAGGAGAUUAACUUCCUGAAGAAGACUCAUGAGGAGGAGCAGCGUGAGUUACAGGAGCAGAUCAUGGCCCAGCAGGUGCACGUUGACCUGGAUGUGUCCAAACCAGACCUGACUGCUGCUCUGAGGGACAUCAGGGUCCAGUAUGAAACCAUGGCCACCGCAAACAUACAUGAGACGGAGGACUUGUACCGAUCCAAGUUUAAUGACCUGACAGAUGCAGCCAAUCGAAACACAGAAGCCCUGCGCCAGACCAAACAGGAGGCCAAUGAAUACCGCCGUCAGCUCCAAGCGAUGACCUGCGAUCUUGAGGCUCUUCGCGGGACAAACGAGUCUCUGGAACGCCAGCUCCGGGAGAUGGAGGACCGCUUCGCCACGGAGACUUCUGGUUACCAGGAUACAGUGUGCCGUCUGGAGGAGGACAUCCACGCGCUGAAGGAGGAUAUGGCGAGACACCUGCAGGAGUAUCAAGACCUCCUCAACGUCAAACUGGCCCUGGAUAUCGAGAUCGCCACCUACAGGAAGCUGCUGGAGGGAGAGGAGAGCAGGAUCACUAUUCCAGUUCAGAGCUUUUCCAACAUGCAGUUUAGAGAAACCAACCUGGACACUAAAACUCCAGAGGCCCACGUGAAGAGGAGCAUCCUGGUUCGAACUGUGGAGACCAGAGAUGGCGAGAUCAUUAAGGAAUCAACAACUGAACACAAAGACCUUCCUUAAAGUUGAGUCACGAUCUGAGGAUUAGUACAAUUUUCGCUGUUGUUUCCAAACCACAAAGCUGCCCCAUCACAGUCAUCACAUCAUUUCAUUUUUCUCUCCUUUCAUCAUCACCUGCAGGCUAAUCUGUUCACUGCCCCACAGCCAUGACAUAACCAUUAAAUACUCCUAGACUGUUUAAUUCUAAUUUAGACUGACCGAGCAGAUAUUUUAGCAUUGUUUCAGAUUAGCUGCCAUAGAAGAGGCCUUGAAACGUAGUGAUUGUGUUCAGCUAACAUGUAGCACGGUGGAGGUUGACGUGUGGUUAUGUGUAUGUGAAAUGUGGCAAGGGAAGUACAAGAGGGAGUUGGGUUUUUUGCUGAAAUCAGAAUUGGAUUUAGGCAGGAAAUUGGAGGUAUAUGUAUGUUUGAGCAGCUUUUGGCAGAACGACAGGUGAAUUUUUUACCUUUGCCUGGUGCUAUUUUUGCAUUUGUUGUAGCAGCAGCCGCCUCUGCUUGUGUGUUGCUGCUCGUAUGACCUGUACAGGUGUUUUCAAUUAGUGCAAUCCUGUCUCACUUCUGGCUAAUUAGACGUGUGCUCAGAUCGCAGCUGGGUGGAGAUCAUCAAACUCAGUAUGUGUUGAUGUUACAACCCUCAACCUCACUGGGUGGCCAAACAGCCUGCUAUGGCUGCUUUUGAUGGGUAAAACUGCAACACCAGGAGAUACAACAACAAAUGGGAUGUACGACAGUCAGUGAUCUGCAGGAAUUGAGUUUACAGACAGUAUAGCACACUAGGGAGGCACACUAGACAAAUCCCAAAGGCACUUGAGAGUUGAGCAAGAUCCGUUGGCAGAAUCGAAAUCUCGAAAGACAUCAGACAAACAGAGACAGAUGACAGGCAAUCGAGAUUAAAUCCCUGCCAAAAUUAAAUGAAAGGUGCGAUGAUUGAUGCAUGACUUUUGGCAUCAGGAUUCCAAUUAUCUCGCGAAAUUGCAAAACGGUUGCCUGAAUCCUGUCUUGUGCAGCCCAUUUUUGCUGCGUCUACUCCAUGUGACUGCACCAAAUAGCAGAUGCUAUGUUUGAAUUCUUUCCACUCAGAGGUUAGUGAUCAUGGCAACCUUUUACGGUGAUGUCACAUGCAUUACCGUAUAUAAAAAGUUGUCCAAUAAAAACUAACUAACAACAGAGUCAGGAGAGUCUGUCUAAACCCACACAGUCCUGAGGGGAGGUCGAAUAAGUUCCUCCAUCACUUCACUUCUGCUCUUCUGCAUCCUCCGUUCAUCGCACGCUCAGCUCUUGGUGUCCUCUGUCUCUUGAACGCAAGCUGAUAAGACAUUUUGUUGACACCAGGACGCGUCAGGGCAUGCCCACUUAUCCAGCAGGUGUGAUAGGGGAAGAGCCAGGUUGAGGAGGUGUUUGGAAGCCGACGCGUCCUCCAGCCUCCAGUUAAUCCACCAACCUCCCUCCUUCAAAUUCACCGGUCAAUUGCUGUAGUGUUUUGACUGAUAGCAGAGAGAGAGAGAUGCAGAGACGGUGGAAAAUGCUGUGGAGAUAAUCUCCAACAAAUCCCUCAGCACCAGAAACCUUUAUGUUUUUAUUUUGAAAGAGAGGAUGCUGGGGUACAAAGGAAAAGGAGGAUGGGAGGAUGGAAGGAUGGAUGUCACAGCUCAAACACUGUAAUCCAACAUGCCUCCUGCUUUGUUGGAAGUCCCGCUGUCUGAAGCUGUGCAGACAGGCCCUGCCACUAAUGAGGGUGGUGCUACGCAGAAGCUGGCUGUCGCUGCGCUCGUCGCCAAGGACACGCUGUGAAUUUGUUUUCCCAUGUGCCUCCCACCUUCUCCCCUCCACAACUUCCACUCCUGUCACUCAGCCCCUUCUCCUGUUUCUCCCAAUAACACGCAGGCCUCUCUUGUAUACACUGUGUUUUUAUAGAUAUCAUUUCUGACUUCUGUGUUUUGUAGCAAAGACACAGAUGAUUUUUUUUGUUGUUGGAAGAAACAUCUGCAGAUGGGACUAUAACAUUAGUUUUGACCAAUGCUACACGCUAUGACGUCAUGUUAACUUAACAACAAUAAAACAUUUUGUUUGUUAGAGA